AUGGCCACGGUUCCAGAACUGACAGUUAUGGUUCUUCAAAUAGGUAGAACCAAAACUGCACCAUCUAAGAUGGUUCUGGUUCUGGUUUCAGAAUCGCGGGUUCUGGUUUUGGUUCCAGAAAAGUUCUGGAACUGGCGGUUUUGGUUCUGGUUUUGGUUCUAUUUUUUAGAGAACCAGAACCGGAACUGGAACCUUUAUCCAAGGAAAAAGAUUUUUGUUUUAUCUCUCAGACAAAGGGUUACUGAACUUGAAGAAGAAUGCAACUUGAAAAAUAAGGAAGUGGAAUUUGCAACUGUCAGGAAAGAAGAAGCUCUUGCUGCUGCUUUAUCAGAAAUUGCAUUUCUAAAAGAGGAUUGCUCGGUUAAGACGUCUCAAGUUGCAGUUUUGGAAACACAAAUUUCUUCUUUAAAAGAUGAUUUAGAGAAAGAGCAUCAAAAAGCACGUGCUGCUCAAGCUAAUUACGAAAGACAGGUUGCCAUGAUUGUUAUAACUGCAUUUUACUCUAUUGUUUGCUCAUUUUUAGAUCACCAAAAGUUUUUGGGACUGUAUGCCUAUGUUCAGUAAGUUGAAGCAGUUUAUGUUAAAAGAUGCGCUGCCAAAAUUCCUGUCCAAACUAGACUUCAUAAGAGGAUUUGGUUUCAAAUGGUAACUGAUUGUUUUUAUCUUCUGGCAUUUGCUCUUAAUUCUGUAUGUAUCAAUGAAAAAAGGUGAAAAAUUUUCUUUUCACCUUGUAUAUUAUGGUUUUUGCUGUCUAAAGACCAGCUAAGAAGAUCUGAGAAAAUGACUAUACAGUGUUUUCUAAGCAUGGACUGGUGAAUGGCUUAGUAUUCUCAUAAACAUGUGCUUUCCAUCUUUCCUUUGCUUUAACUCCAUGAAGAGUUCUUGAUCGA